AUGGCGGAGGAGCAGGAGCAGGAGCAGUCGUCUGACCCGGGCGCCAAGACGCUUGGCAACUUUCCCUUCUACUAUCAGUUCAACCCAGUGGAUGAGCGACUGAACAAGCUCGAUUCGGCGCAUGUGGUCUCAACCAUCCUGAGCGUGGACAAUGGCGUGAAGGACGAUGUGCCAUUCUGCCUCCUGGACAUCGGCUGCAACACCGGGGAGCUGACGGUUGAACUGCAGCGCUUACUGGCGUCACAAACAAAGCGACAAGUUCACUGCUUCGGGUGUGAUGUGGAUCCUCGGCUGGUGGAGACAGCGCGUGCCAGCUUCCUUUCGGGGAACAGUGCGAGGAUACAGCAGCAAGGCGGGAAAGUGGAAGCCGACGCGCCACGCAGCUUGGAGUUUGGCGUGCUGGAUGUAAGCGAGCACGACGCGCUUGCUGUCGAAGCUGAAAGGUUUCUGCGCGCGCGUGGGCGGGAUCGGUUUUCGCUUGUGUGUCUGUUCUCCGUCACAAUGUGGAUUCACGUCAACGUCGGCGAUGACAAGUUCAUGCGCACCCUCUCAACGCUGUGCAACCUCACAGAUGCCUUGCUUGUAGAGCCUCAGCGGAGCCCAAGUUACAAGACGUGCCGAAGACGGCUGCGUCGCGGCAAAGGAGAGCAGCCCCCGUAUAUCGACCGGCUGGCACUGCGUGGUGCAAAGCUGUUUCCCGCCAUCAAAUUGCAGAUUGAGGGCGCUGGGUUUGCGCUGGUGGCGGAGCUGGGCACGACAACGUGGAAGCGCCCCCUCUGGCUCUUCGUUCGCCGCGGCAACCCAGCAUGCAGUGGUGGUGUUGAUGUUGAUGGUGGUGGUGUUGGUGCUGAUGGUGAUGGUGAUGGUGUUGGUAUUGAGGAGGGUCACGUGCAGAUAGCAGCUAGCGAUGAUGGCGGUGAGAAUGAGCUGAAGAAGACGAAGACGGCAGCUAGGGACGAUAAGGGCGACGAUAGAUAG